CUGUUAAAAAUGAUUAUAUAUGCAUUAUAAUUCUUGAAAAUUUAUUUAUUGAGAGUAGAAAGAAGGAACAUAAAGAUUAAGAAGAAAUAUAUUGUUAUAUAUUUUUAAUUUUCAUCAAGGAUAAAGUGGAAGGUGAUAUGCGGCCUCGUGCGUCUACUGUAACACCGGGUGCCUCCAUUGAUGAGACUGCACUACCCACCGUGUUUAAGUGGGAAGGAGGAGGCAAGGAUGUCUUUAUCAGUGGUACUUUCACCGAUUGGAAACCUAUACCUAUGGUUCGCAGCCCAUUUCGCCGAUGUAAGUUAUUGGAUUAUGACAGUUGCAUUCAAUUUUUUUGUUCAUUUCAGGACGGUGUAAUGGUUUUAAGUGCAACACACAGAUACAGGAAAAAAUACGUAACCACCCUCUUGUAUAAGCCCAUUUGAAGAGCUUGGCACAACAUGCAAAUCUUCAAUCUUUGUAUAUUUUAAAUUGCUAUUAGAAGAAUACAGAAGAAAAUAAAUUAAUAUGUAAUCCGGAAAGACCGAGAGAUAGAGAGGGAGAGAUUGACGAGAGAGAUCGAGAUCUUUUUGGGAAGUUGUUCACGUUGUACACAAUCCUUAACGCUACGUGUAAAUCUUUAAGGGUCAUUUGGGACUAAACAUUGAUGAUUUGAAAAAAAAAGUUUUUCCCUUUCAACAGUUAGAAUGAAUCGUGCUCUUAAUGGGAUAAUUAAUUUUAACGUUUUACAAUUAGGGGAGAAAGAAAAUGAAAAAAAAAACUAUUUUGUAUAAGGAUUCGGUACUGUAUAGUUUAUAGUUUAUGAAAUUUUAAUUGCUGUCUGUGUUGUGUAAAGAUAGAAAAUUUGAAUUAUUUUCUCUCUCUCUUUUUGAAUUUUAUUACAAGAGGGCGUUCGAAAAUUCUCGAACAAGUUUAAACUUGUCUGCCGAAGCGUUGCACUUGCUCCCGAACACCAUGCGAUUUACUUAACUUUUGUGCACGUCCUUUCGAACGCUCUCGUGUUAAACGUUUAAUCGUUUCCCGUUCGAAAUCACUCAAAUUUAACAUAAUAUUCAACAUUUCGAACGGACGAUGUACGGAAUUCUAGCUAAACCUAGCGUAAAGUGCGUUUUUUAAUGGUUUGUGUGUAAAAUUUUAAGAUGUUGCUCGAUUUUGAAUGAUUCUGGAACGUUCGGGUUUUAAAAACAAAAAGGUGCUAAGCUUCCGAGUUUAUGAUAUUCUGUUGUGUAAAAUUGUAGUAAAUAUGGCGAUACAAAAGUGAUGUUUUACGCGAUUGCGAACGUUACUGUGGAAAUUAAUGACCUGUUUUUUCAUUGUUCGAUCGGAUCCAUACGCAGUUUGAUGUUAUCGAAUCGCAGUCGCUAUCGCGAAACUUUCGUAUCGCAUUUAGAUACUGAUUUAACCAAUCAACGCUUAAACCUCUUAGUGCUCUCGGAGCGAAAAGAAGUUUUAUGGGUCCUUCAGGAAAAAAAAUGGCGGCGUAGGCCUAUCAUGUAACAAACGAAUUUGAAUUUCAGAAGCGGUGAUUGGUAAAUCGACGCUUUCAAAUUCAAAUUUCGGAAGCGUUGAUUUAACCAAUAAACGCAUCUGGAAUUCAUAUAAAACGACGAGGGUCUUCAGUAUAACGAAUUAAACGAUCGAUUGGAAUUUUUUUUUCUCUCUUACCCCUCUGUUGAAGAGCUGAUUAAGGAAAGUCGCGAGGACAUAAAUUACGAAAGAGUACCUGAUGUUAAAACA